UUACUGUUAUUGAAAAAGACAGAAAAGACAUUUUUGAUGGACCAGUUACUGUUUUUGAAAAAGACAGAAAAGACAUUUUUGAUGGACCAGUUACUGUUAUUGAAAAAGAUUUCAAACAACUUCCAAAACCUACCAACGUUAACAUGAAAAAGGAAUCUGAUAGGCUCACUGUCUCUUAUCAACCAAUAACACUUUCAGAAGGUCUGAAUAUUUUCGAAGGAUAUAAAGUUAAUUUAUAUGAUAUACAGAAACCUGAUAAGGCAAUAGCUGAAUCGCAAAUAAUUAAAAAAAUCACAUCAAGCUAUUAUGAGUUUAAUCUUAAAGAAAUUGAAUUUGAGGAAGAUCAAGAUUACCGAGCCGAAGUGCAUGCAGUUGUAUCGACUGACCAAGCAAUAAGUAGUUUUCCAGAAAAAUCAACUAGAACCAUGAGAAGUUUGCCUUUCCCAAGGAAUAUACAAAUAACAGCUAAAAAUGAUAAAUCUAACGAGCAAAUAUUUGUAGUUUCUUGCGAUUUUAGUUCAAAAAUUCAAACAUAUAAAUUAGGUGUCGAAAAUACUAAAACAGGAAAAACUAUUGAAAAAACAAUUAAUAUUCAAUCUCAAGAUAAAAUUGAUCAAGAAUUAUCUCCUGAUAAUUCUGAUUUACUUGAAUCACCGGACUCAUCAAAAAAAGUCAAAUUUCGUGCUUUUGCACAAGCAAUUGGUGAUGACGAUCAACUCGAUAGUAAGAUUGUAAAGUCGGAUUCUACAGUUGCUCAAUACGCAGCACCUCAGAAUGUCGACUUCAGUUAUAGGUAUGAUGAGAUUCUUAACCAUGAAUUUACAGUAACAUUUGAAGAACCUGAAUUUGCUGAGGAACCUGAAAAAGGUUAUUAUGAGAUUCAAGUCGUACAAGUCGGAAAUAAUAAAUUUAUUGGAAAAGAGGAAACUGACAAAAAAGUGAAAGUUGUAUUAUAUGUUAAACAAUUGGAUGUAG